AUGCCGCGCGUCUGCGCACUCUUGCUGGUGCUAGCAGCAACCGUGCUGGCCCAGCACUUCUCACAUGCCUCUUAUAUAGACCCAGGAGACGAAGACAUCGAAAUGAACGGCCCAGAAUACGGAGACGAUCCCAACGAUCUGCAAGUGCUUCAGGAUGUUGGCAAACGAUCGUCGCUGAUCUACGUUUUCAGACGCGCGUGCAUCCGCCGCGGGGGCAACUGCGACCAUCGCCCUGGCGACUGCUGCCACUCUUCGUCGUGCCGCUGCAACCUGUGGGGCUCAAAUUGCCGCUGCCAGCGCAUGGGCCUCUUCCAGAAGUGGGGCUAA